UUGAUUUGUUUUGAUCAAGUUUUGUCGAAAAACAUUCAUCAAAGGAUUUCAUUUGUUUUCUUAGAAAUCCCUUUAUCUUGUACCUUAAUCCUCAUAUAUAAGACCUAAAUAUAUUCACGAUGCUCGUCUGGUUCCUUUCUUGGCUGGCUACGGUUCUUACCAUCGGAUUUUUCCUCUCUGGAUUCAUAACAUGUAGGUCAAUGGUGGAGAAAAGAAGUACAGAAAAUAUCCAAUUUCUUCCAUUUGUUACAACUUUAGCCAACUGCUUCUUAUGGGCUACCUAUGGUGUCUUGAAAUCAGACUCGACAUUGAUGGUUGUCAAUUCUGUUGGAGCGAGCCUCCAGAUAAUCUAUAUUCUAUGCUUCUUGUACUUCACGAGCCACAAGACAACCCAGAUGAAAUUCCUUGGAUUCCUGUCAUUAGCUGGCUUAAUUGUCUAUCUAUACAUGAUGCACUUCAUCACUGAAAACAAAUCAAGGACCUAUCAGAUGGGGAAGCUGUGCACUGUUGUAACCAUCACCAUGAUGGCAUCACCCUUAGCAACCAUGGCCAAGGUAUUCAGGACUAAAAGUACAGAAUCUAUGCAGUUUCCUUUCUCCCUAAUGAUCACGAUAGUCUCUUUCAUCUGGGUCUGUUAUGGAUUUGCAGUUGACGAUAGUAAUAUUCAGCUGCCAAAUGCCAUUGGUGUCAUCCUUGGACUUCUCCAGCUGUUGUUAUUUUACCUCUAUCCAUUUAAACCAUCAAAAAUGGGAGUAAUUCUAUAACUGUCAAAAUUUUAUAUUAUGGUUUGUGGCAAACCAUAUAAUGAUGUGGGAUUCAGUGAGUUCCUCUGCUGCCUCUCCUUCAUGGGUUUCCUUUUUCUUACCAUGGACCAAAUCCACUUGGGUGUUAUAUUUUACCCAUUUCAAACCCUGUGUCACUCUCUUGAGGAUAAGAUUCUUUGUUUGAGCUGUACCCAUAUAUUCACGUCUUCUCAUGGACAACCAUUAAACAAAGAAAUAAUACUCUAGGGAAUGACAUGUGGUCUGAAAUGGUAAGAGUGGACUAGGUCGAUAAUGAAGCCUUUGACUGAGAAGUACUUAAGGGAGAAAGCCUUUGGAAUGCAGGGUAAACAUCAUAAUUCAUAAGUUUGCAGUAUUUAUAAAAAAGUAAAGGUUUGAACAAGAAGGGUAUUCAUAAGAAGAGGCUUUAUGAGAUACCAUUCUUAAUUUUUAGUGCAUUCUUGUCUAGCUUUAGUACAUACACAUGGUAUAAAAAUGUGACAUAAUGGAGUUAAAUGUUUAUACCCGAGCUAGACUAGAAUGCACCUUGUUUGUCCGACAAAAAAAGGGCUCCCAAAUAAAGCUUUCAACUAAAUAAAUAAUUAUAAUAACCUAAUUAAGGGACUGUGGCAUUAUGCUCUAAAAAGCAGAAAUAGAAUUAGUAAAUUAGGCUGUAAAUUAGACAUAUUUAGACAUUUAAAUUUCAUCAUCAGGGGUUGAUUAUACCCAAGCUUAAACAAACUCUAUCUUGUUUAUUGAUUGAACUAAGAAGAGGUCUAGAGCAAGCCUUUGUUUUCUUUCCCCAGGGAGCACCAAAAUUGUAAGAGCUACGCAUGGAUACCUUGCCAAUAUAUGCAGGGGCCUAAAUGAGAUUAUAAUCCAAACAAUAUUGUUUAAUAUCAUUUUAUUUAAAAGUAUGCAGAAGAUGUAGAUAUAAACACAGUAUUAUAUUAAAUUAAUUCCUUGGUAUGAA